AUGGAUCCUGAGAAGCACACUUCCUCAACAUCGCUGGACGAUGACUUUGAGUCCGAGUCAUUGCUACCAAAUGCGCUGCUCAAAUAUCGGCUAGGUGCCGAUUUUGAGAAGAAGCGCAUGCGCUACCUUUUAAUCUCCCUUGCCAGCAUUGCUGUGUAUACCCUUGCUGUCAUGGGAAUUACAAUAGCAACGCUGCCCAAGGUUGAUCGCGAAUGUCGUGGCGGACCACAUCUGUACCCAAACCUGCUUGAGGACGCGAUUGAGUACCGGCUCGAGACAUUUGCGGACAACCACAAGCCCAAUCAUCCGUACUUUGGAGAGCCGAGCAAGGAGUUGGACCAUAAUUGGCAUGAGCUCACAAAGUGGUCUGACGUGCGGAUUCCGGAAUCCGAGGUUGAACGUCUCGGUCGCGAAUACCAGGGCGUUCACUUUACAGAUGGAGGGUACUACGGUAUGCUCACUGUGCACCAUAACUUACACUGUUUGAAGCGCCUGUAUCAGCACAUAAAUAUUGACCACUACUUCCCCAAUAUGACGGAUGAGGAGAGACAAAUGGAGUCGCAGCAUACAAUUCAUUGUAUGGCAUUGAUAAAAAAUGCCCUGAUGUGUCAAGCAGACACGACUCUUCUGACUAUGCGCUGGCUCGAUUUCAGUCCGAUCCCUGCGGCCAAUUGGUCCACGCCUCGCACCUGUGUCGAUUGGUCGCGGAUUGAAGAUUGGACCAAGAAUAACUGGGUGGAUGCGAAAAAGGACGGAAGAAUGGUGCACCCUCAGUUUGGCCAGGUAUUCGUCAACGGUAAACAUAACGGUUCUCGCAUUGGAGUAUCUUUGAUGCAUCAAGAUCAUGGCCACUAA